AAAAAAAAAUCAAAAUAUUGCAACGGGUUCGACGGUGCAGCCACCUGCUCGUCGGUGCAAAACAAGAAAGGCGAUAACGGUGUUUUCGGGAGCGGAGCGAUGGAGAAACUCGUCGCCGGGGUCGGCCGGAGCCGACUUCAUUGGAACGGGCGGCCGUUGGUGUGGGCGCGCGGCGCGGCUUCGAACGCGUCCCGAGCCCAACGGUCGCCACGGCCGGCGGCCGGCGGCGGCUUGGCGCCUGCGCGCUGGCUGUUGCCCGCCGGCCGCGGGGCCCGCCGCCCUCACUCGCUGCCGUCGAGCGCAGCGGCCGCGGGCGUCUCCACGUCGCUCGGCCGCAUGAGCGCCAAAGGCUUGACCCCCGCUCCCCUUGACGCCGACUGGAAAGUGGCGAAGAAGCACUUGGAGAAAAUUGAUCGCACAGAAAGACGAAGUUACUACAAAGCUGAAAGAUUUGUUAUCCUCGAUGAGAUUCAAACGUGGAAAGACUUUGCUGAAGAAGAGAAGUUUAAACAACCGUUAACUCACUAUGAGAAGGACGACGUUAUGAAUCAAAAGCUUUCACUCUUGCAGGAGGACAUCACCAAGCUGGAAAUUGAUGCAAUCGUCAAUGCAGCGAAUUGUUCACUGGUGGGAGGUGGAGGAGUGGACGGUGCUAUCCAUGCAGCAGCUGGGCCCUUGCUGCAGAAGGAGUGCAAUACACUGGGAGGGUGUAACACAGGAGAAGCUAAAGUUACCAGUGGAUACCGCCUGCCUGCUAAAUAUGUCAUCCACACGGUGGGACCCAUUGUACGGGGAAAGGAAAGACUUCCAGAGGAGGCACUGCAGAGUUGUUACAUAAAGAGUCUGAAACUUGCUGAGGACAAUAACCUGCGAACCAUUGCUUUUCCCUGUAUCUCAACUGGAAUUUAUGGUUAUCCCAAUGGACAGGCUGCAGAAACUGUCUUAAAGACUGUCAGAGAAUAUCUAGAGGAACACAGAAACUCAUUCGACCGCAUUAUGUUCUGCGUCUUUCUGAAGUUCGAUCACAACCUGUACAAGGAGAAGAUGCCUUUUUACUUCCCCUAUGAUACUGUUACUCCAAAGCCUCCAAAGGAGAAAUCCAACACUGCUGAUAAAGAUGAAAAUCAGACUGAGAAAAUGCUGAAACUCGGGAACAAACAAGGAACCAAGUCCCAGAACCAGCUUCAGGAACAGCAUCAGUGAAGGAUGAAGCCCUUAUUACAAGAGGAAGGCUGGAACUGAACACGCUGCAAGAAAUAUAUUCCUCACAGCUUCCACUCUAAUUCAUUUCAGCCAAGUCUUGAUCUGCAAACUGAAGGUUUCAUUUGGCCUGAAAACAAGACAGGGUGAAACUAUUAAUUCUGGAUUAUAAAGCACACCCACUAUUGAAGUCAAUAUACUGGUCACAGAAAGACAUCUAGAGGGGUGACUUAUAUUCUGUAUUUUUAUGUUAAUGAUUUUUUUCCCAUUAUGUCUGCUAACAGAAAAUAUUUUACUUCUCUAUGUAACUCGCUGCUGUCUUUCCAUUAUUCUGAAUGUGACUCUCCUAUCUCUCCAUAAUUCUCCAACUCCUGCCAUUUAUGUGUUAUUGUUAAUGUUACUCCCUCCCAUUAUCAGUUACCCACUUCCUAACUUCCACCCAUGUUCCCUAUGUAGCUGCUGCCCACCCCUGCCCAUUCUUCUUCAGUUCCCUACUCAUGCCUAGUGGCACACAAGGCAAACAAUGCUUACGCCUGUUUCCACGGCUAAAGUUCCUUGAACAGGUCGCCAGCCUGUGGCCAGAGGCUAUAGCUUGAGGGGCACCACUGUGCACCAAGCAUGGCUGACCAGGAAACUCUGCCACUCUUACUGCCUGCCAUAGGCGUAUUGGAAGGAUUUACAGGCUGAUAAUCAACCUGGUUAGCCAUGAAUCCAUUUACCCUGGCCAUCAAGUACUGGAGUGGGCUCGAACCACUUCACCACAGGGCCUACCUACUCCCGUCCAUUAUCCCAUCACCAAUCCGUUAUCUAUAUAAUUCUCCUCCUUGUAUCCAUCAUUCUCUGUGUGACUCCCUCUUAUCCGUUUGUCAUACCAACUUAAGGAAGGAUGGUAUAGACCGAAGUCUCUUCCUUGGCUGCAAUCACUGCUGACUGGUAGUUAAUAGUGGAUUGCUAUUGUGGAGAGCGGAUGGAGAGAUCGAGUUUGGCAGUUAUGCUUGAAAUGCAACCUUUGUGGAGCUCAUUAUCAUUGCCUACCCCCUGCCCCCAUUUUAAUGUCUCCUUUUCUCUGAAGCAGACAGGCAACUGAUGUCCCUUUAAAAGAAAAACAAGUUGUGCAUUGAUGGGUUAUUUUCUUUGUUCUGAAUGUACAUGUUUCUAUGCCUUGAUCGAUGUUUGAUUCUGAUAUCAUUGUAGCUGAUCAUGUAGUGAUAAAUUGAUUCACAUAAAGCUAAAUGGUUAUAAGUUUCUCUA